CAACAUCGCGCCAUCGAACAUGUUUUUGAAGUUUAAAAACGGAGGAGUGGGUUCGUCAAUUUUCUGAGUUCUGACGUUUUUUUAUACAGAAAAGAGCUUCCAGUAUUAAAUAUCAACAACAUAACUUUUUGCUUACACCUAAUAAGUUUAUAAAAUUUAAAUAUAUGAUGGAGGAUUUGGCUGAUGGAAUCAAGACAAAAUCUCUUACAAAUGCAUUGGAAUUACUCACCGAGCAAGUAUUAGAAAUCAGCUCAUUGACAACAAAAGAUUUGGAAGAAAAGCCCCAUCUGAGACAGAGCUUAGAACAUCUCUCAGAUGGCAUCAGGUUAUCAACCCAACAGCUUUGUGACCUUCUCGCUAGGAAAUUAAAGAACCUUAACCCUUCGAUCAACACUUUUGAAACAUUCAAGGAGAUGCUAAUGACAGCAGAAGAAGCAGCAACAUAUUCUCUUUGGCUUACAGCAGAUGAAACAAGUUUGGAAACAUUCCAGGAGAAAAUUGCUGGGCUUUUAGAAGUUCUUUUAAGGAUUUUUGUUUUUUGGGAUCAGCAGCUCAUUAAAAGUUUUCAACAUUCCAUCAACUACUUAAAAGAACCUCUUUAUAAUAUGAGGAACACACAGUUUCUUCAUGAAAUUCUGUCUUUAUACAAAGAAUUCAUCAUACGGUUUGGAAGUUUCUCUGAAAAAUUGUCUCAUCGUAUUCAAGAUUUACUUGAUCACAAGUUGCAAAAUGAAUUCUGGAUUCACCUCAAUUGCAUUCGCAAAUUAGUAACUUCCUUUGCUGAAGUUAUCAAGAACAUAGCUUGCUAUCCCUGGAGCAAACAUAGCAAGAUUUCGAAGGAGUUUGUCGUGAAAGAGUUGGUUUCGUUGCUUGACGAGAUAAGCGAACUUCUUGGUUUAGAGCAGUCAGCUGAAGAUAUUCGCGAUGGCACAUCUUUCCUUGGCGCUAUUGACGACGUAUUGGAACAACUUGAAUGUAGUCAUUUCGAGGACGAAGAAAUGGGUUGGCGAAUGAAUCUCAUUCUGCAGCACGCCAUGACCGUAUCCAAGUUUUCGUGCGAAGAAGAUCGGAUUCAGAUAACUCUUCAUUCUCAACGUGUUUUGAACGAAUAUCGAUCACUACAAUCUUUGCUACACAAUUUAGAAAACUCACCCAGUGAUAUAUCACUGGCCGUCGACAUUUUCCGUGAUUUCUUGGAACUCAUGGAACAGAGUGUCAACCAUUCUUUGCUUAGAAUGAUGGUCGAGAAUUUAUCUAUUUGCACUGAACCGAUACGAAGACUCAUACACCAAUGUCCAAUUAAAAAUAACGAGUUGGAUUCAUCACGAGAUACUUCUGACCUCGCAGCUGAAGUGGAAGAAUUUGACAAUGUUAUGGAACGGGUCUUACAAACCUGUUUUUUUGCACUGUCAUCGACCGCAGAUCUUCCAAAAAUUCAAGUAAUUAGAUGCGCUCUUAAGCUCCUUGAAUCACUUGAAGCUGAAAUGGUACCGGCAAUUUACAGUUGCUACUUGGAUCCUACGAACAAAGCAGCGAGUUGCCACCUACAAUUUCUAUGGCGUUCCUUCCAAGAGCACUGCACGCACAUGCAAACUAGCUUGGAUUCUAUCGCCGAUCCCAUUGCUUUCUGUCACGUUGCAGAAAAGGUUUUGAAUAACCACAUUACUGAACUUAGAAAAAAUGUUUACGUCCAGGACGUGGUAUUACUUGAACGUCACUGUCGCCCGAUUGUACUGAUCACCACACGAUGUUUGGCAAUUGUAGAAGGGCAAAAUUGGGACGAUGCAACUAAAGCUAAAAUUUAUCUAAAGGAAGUUCAUCUUGCCCUUCGGGAGUUUCGUGGUGCUGCCUUGUUAGCGGUAGGAAACGUCAGCGAUCUUAGUGGUCAUAGAUCGAUGUUGAAGAGAGCCGAACUCGUGCUCAAAUACCUAAUGAAGUGCAUUGAUUCAAUGAAGCAAAUGCAGGAAUCUGAACUGCAUCUAACAGUACAAGAAACUUUAAGAAACGAAAUCAAGGGCACUCCAUCCAUCAUGCUAUUCCCAGAUGACGUCAUUGAUUUACCCUGUGACCCAGUAAAAAGUGUACGGGGUACAACUCUGUUAUAUAAUCCCAACUCAACACGAAUUGGACGCUUACCCAAACGGAAAAUUCUCCAUUCAAAUUACUGCCAAGAAACAAGUGAGCAAGAUGUAUCAGAAAUGUCUCGCUUCAUCGAUACAAAACAAACUUGGAGAACUCGUUGCACUACUAUACCUACAAGAGAGGAAUCCAUUCUGGAUAUGGAAGUGAAACACGAAAUUUCUAAUAUUUCAGAAUCUUUCGAUUUGACAAAUCUUUUGGAAGAGCUCUCUACACUGGAAGGAACGCUGAAAUCUACUCAAUCUAGCCAAAUUUUCGCGGUCGAGUCUCAGGAACAAUUCACUCCAUCCGACACUCAAAGUAAAGCUACUCCAUUAAGUGUUAGUAUAAGUACUCCACAGCGACUUAGAGAUUUACAAAUUGUAUCAGAGCGUCUCGCUUUGCUUCGCAAACAAAAUUUCAAUGCGUAACCUCUAGGUUGAGUGGAUUUUCUUUAUUGCUGGAUUUUGCAUUUUAACGUCAUCGUUUAACAUGUGCACUUCAUUAUUCGUUGCUACUUUUUUCAUGUUUUGGGGCUCUCGACCCAAAAAUAAGGCUUCCGACCCUUACGUUUGUGCUUCCAAGCUCAAUCUAAAUAGUUUACAGGAAUGAUUUCAAAAAAUAAAUUUUUUUCCUUCAAA